GAAUGAAAUUAUGGAAAACGGUAACCUUCGAUACUCGCAUACAUUUCGCGGUGAGUGCCCAAGUUUUGCAUUAUUCAUGAAAACCACCUUCGUUCCAAAUAACUCUAAGCCGACCUUAUCGCCUUAUGGUUGCGGUAUAAUUCUAGUCAGGUGUAUGCAUUGUGUGCACCGACCGAACGGAAGGGCGAUUUUACGGGCCAGGUUUGAAGGGAUCCAGAGGGAUGGAGGAAACAGCACAACCAUAAAGGUGUACGCCAACUGUCUUCGGCCAGACAUCGAGUACAAGACCCUGAGCAUCACGUAUGAGACGACUUGCCGUGAAAUCGUUCAGAACCUAUUGAACAAAUACCGAAUGAGGCACCGUGACCCGAGACUGUUCUACCUCACCAUGGAGGUGACCGUGAGGAGACCGAACGUGAGGACCGUGCUCCCAUUGGACGAGGACGCGAGGCCUGCCGUGUUGCAAUCUUGUCAUCCUCGUGGCGAUUCCAGAUUCUCGUUGCAGACCCGCCGCGGAGGACUUGUCAAAAUAUACGACAGCGCGCUCAUGUCCGGAUCGAAAUACAAAAGUCUGCUAGUGUCCGAGCAGACCACGGUCGACGAAUUGAUCCAGAUGUUAUUGAGUUGCUACAGUUCUAAAGAACGCGUCGAGCAAUUCUCCCUUUACGAGGUCUGCGAAGGUGAGGAGUAUCAAAGGAAGUUGCAUCCUGACGAUUCACCCCUUAAAGUCACGCAACGAUGGACAAGCGCCGAUCGUCAUCUUCGCAUAAGACGCAAUCCAGACUACAAUCCUCAUAGGAGAAAAAGCAUGUGGGCGUCAGACUCGAGCAUCAGCAUGGCGAUGUCAAGAUUGAACCUACACGGCACCCAUCAAACUCAUUACAACCAAGGGAAUGACAACAACAAUCAUUUGGCGUUGUAUCAGCACAAAGAUACAAGUUCGAUCAAUAAUAACAAUAUCCAUAAGAUCGAUCAGCAUCUAUCUUUAGGCUCUUUGAAUCAGCAAGCAAGAAUCGUGGUGCCCCACGCGACGCAACUUCCGCAGUUGCAAAUCCCACGGUUGCAACAAUUGCCUCAAAGUGUCCCAUCAACGCCAAUCUCGUCGAAACAUAUUACGACGAGCUCGUAUGCGGACUAUGAAAAUUAUUUGUUCAUAUAAAUAUUUUAAUUCACAAUUUUAUGUAUAUUUGAAUUAUGAAGAUUAUAUAAGACGCGAAAUGGAUCGGAGUUGCAGCUGUUCGAAAUACGCUGACAGUUUGUUGCAGCUUUUAAAUCGUAUUGAACAGUAUUUGAGAUUUGAUUGAACGGUGAAAGAGCUUUGUUAUAAGAAGAGUUUGGAAUGAUUUUUUGAAGCGAAGAUUUAUUAAAGAUUUCUUCUUUGCAAAGAAGCAUAUUUAAGAUUGCACGAGUUCUUUAGAUUUGAGAUUAUUUAUCAAUGGUAGUUCGAUAUGAUGGUAGAGGGAACACGGUUCGUGUCCCGGCUUUUCGCGUCGGUAAAACGGAACAAAGAGAAUUUACAAUUAUAGUCAAUAGCGAGAAACAAUUGUACCAAAGGUAGACGUACGAAAUAUUAGAUAAAUAGUAUAUUCAUCCUUAUAUUGUGUAAAUGUUUUAUUGCGUUAGAAAGAUAUGCUAAAAAUUGAUUAAGAGAAAAAAAAUAUAACAUAUAAGUCUUUAGAGACUUAUUAUCUAAGAAAGCAAUCGAAUUUGAAUUUUACCAUGAAGAAUUGUAUGAGAAUAUUUUACAGGAAAUUUGUAUAAAAUUUAUACAAUUAUGGUAUAAAAUAGAGAGUUUAACAUCUCAUAUUUAUAUCUCGAAAAUUAUAUUUUAUCCAAGAACGUUGCAGAAUGCGACUUUUAUUAUUUAUUUAUAACAAUCGUGUAGUGUCUAAGAGAACGAGCCUGAAAUUUUAAAUUAUUUUUAAUAAAAAUCCUGUGCUGUAAAUUUCGUCGUGCAAUACGAUCGAACAGGAUUCGAAUAUAUUCGUGUAAAUAUAUCCAAUAAACGACGUGUUACAACAAUUUUAAUAAUUAACACUAGCCAGUCGCAAAUGUAAAUGUUGAUAUAAUUCUAUAUUUUAAUUACGUAUACGUCGUUCCUGUGCGAAAUUAUCGUAUUCGUCGAGUUGGCAUUUAAAGACAUAUUAUUGAGGCGUUAUUUUUUUUUUUUUUUGUUUUUUUAUAAUUCAUUGUAAAUAGAAAAGGUCUCUUUUACCUUAUUACUUUUCGUCAAUGUUGCACCGAUUGCCAAAGAAUCGUCAUGAAAUAAAAAAAUAAAAACAAUACGUUUAAUCGUACGACAAAACGAAUGGAAGUUAUCUUUUUUGUCACUUGCACGUAUCGCAAAUAUGAAAUUAAAAAUUAUCACGAGUCGUAUAGAAAUUGUGCAAGUAGGACUUAAUAGCGUAACUUGUGUAAUGAGUACAAUGAAAUUUGUAUUAUUUUGAAUAACAAAUAGAAUGUAAAUAUACAUUUUGUAUCGUCGUUUAUAAUUCACCUAA